AUGUCGCUGCCCUUGGCGACGUUGAGGGAGCUCCACCUGAAGCUCGCAGCACUCAAAGCGAAGGGCGUGAUCCUUGAACGACAGUACGAGGACCUGAGGAGCAGCGGCGUGUUCUCGGAAGCAGAGUGGACCACGCAGGUUGAUGGAGACAUCUCGGGCAUCAUCAACAGCGCUCGCCCUACACUGUCUUCAGACCACGCUGCCGCGUCUCGUCUGCAUCCGGAAAGCGGUCAGCAGACGGUUGAGGGCGAGGGGGGCCACACGGCGAGGAAGUGGAGGACGGCGAUUCUCGUGGUCUGUGGGCCGUGAAAGGGAACAAAUUGCGUUGCCAUCGCUAAUUAAGAAGAAGGGAAGAUCCUUCAGUAGUCUAGUCUACACCGCUAGCUGUGGUGGCAGCUAUGGAACAUGCAUGGACACCGGUGUCGACAGACGACAUCCCAUAGACGCACGUUGUGAUAACUGUAAGUGAUAUGUUAGCCUUGGUGACGCCCUUCUCCCUCUCUCUUUCGCAAUAUUCAUCAUAGUACGGGCAGUUCCUCCCACUCGCUUGCUAGCAGCAUUGUUCAUACGGGCAGAAUGACAGCUCGCUUGUGCUUGCAUGCAAAUGAUGAUGGUGAUGCAAAUUUGAAUUUUCCGUGCUCACCGCGGGACUGUAUUCCGUGCUCACGGACCCCCCUCGGACUCUUCAUAGCCUAGCCGUCGCGCCCCUGACGCUGUUGGGAUGGUGCGUGGGUCCGCGCUUGGCGGACGCGCCAGCGCAGCACGCACCACGCACCGCCAGUGCCGUGUUACAUCCACACGUAACACUGGAUGCCAACUCGUCUUCCCGCUACGCCAACGGGAGUCGGCAAUACGGUGCAGUCCGGCGUUCUUGGCGGGAAAGCAUGUCUGCAGCAGUACUGCUGUCAAGGUCCGAACUGCUGUGAACGAGCCUGCCGCCUGAUGGUCCAGUGGUCGCCUCAACAAGAACAGCAGGUCAAGGGACACAAUCGGGAGUAGUCGGGUGUAGUAUUCCCGCGGCAUCUCAAUCGCAGGUGAAGGCUGCCUCCUACGGAUGGGCAUUCACGUGCACUCACGCACUUUUUUAUCCUGGAGCCGCCAGCCACUUUUAAUUGUCCAACGGCGGUCUGAAGAACAAAAAAAUACGGGAAAUUGACAAAAUGGGGUUGACCCCGGGGUCUAUUGGACAAAAAGGGGUCGCCUUUUUUCCGUGGCGUGGCGCGACCACACGCACACCACGAAACCCCCCAAAAACGCGUGCCCCGGCCGCGCACGGUGUGUGGGCACCUCCCCCAACCGUUUUUUCCGUCUUUGACACUCCAAAACAGCGUGCUUACGGCCGCUCAAAGCACCGCUUCCCCAAGACGACCCCAUUUUGUCCACAACUUGACGGGGUCGACCCCCACCUCUAGAAAAAUAUUAUCUCCGACCCCAUUUUGCUUAUACCCGACCCCUUUUUGCCUAAGAGACCACCCCAUUUUGUGCAUGCCGCCUCGCCGGCGGAGACCGUCUCUCCGCACCUCUCCGCCACCCCGCACGAAAUUAUCCCGCAACCAACGGCCGCAUCGGCAAAUGCCGACGGGCAAGCUGCCGCCGCCGGGCCAUCCCGAGCCAAGAUCCGACGCUACGACGGACGGACCGAUGCAGAGCCAACAGAAAUAGCCCGAGUAACCCUUGCCAUCAUGCUCAACACGCUCUCUCGCGCGCGCAGAGUCACACACGCUCUUCGUCAUGUAGAUUCCUUCCCAUCAACAAGGCUUAAAUACCUGACCUCUUGCCCACACUGCACAACCGCAGCGGAGACAUAUACGUUCAGUUUUUCCGUCCCUAUACCCAAGAGGUAACGCAACGCAACCCGCUCGAUGUGAGAUAUGAGACCGGAAAAUCGAUCAGUGCACAAAGAUCCACCGCAUAAAAAUCCACCGCAAUGUCGAAGAGGUCGGGUUCUCCUCUCUCUCGCGCUCUCCGCCCACCUCCGCGUUAGUCCACUUCUUUCCCCCUCUCCCGCCCUUUCUCAAGGG